AUGUGCAGUGAAUGUGGGAGCCACAGGGAGGACUGGGGACACCCUGGAAACCAAGAAAUGGCCUUUGAAGAUGUGGCUGUCAACUUUACCCUGGAGGAGUGGGCUAUGCUGGAUCAUUCCCAGAAAAAACUCUACAGAGAUGUCAUGGGGGAGAUCUUUACAAACUUGGCUCCUAAAGGAAGAAAAUGGGAAGACCAGAACAUUGAAGAUCAGUACAAAAAUCGCAGGAGAAACCUAAACAAUCAUACUGUAGACAAAAUCUGUGAAAGAUGGCUGUUCAUGGAUCAGAAUGGCAGCAACAGGGCUCAUCUGCGAGUACAGGUGCCAAAGCUGAGAAACCGGCUCUACAACAGCCUCCCAGAAGCAAAAGUGGUGAAGACGUUGCCCUGGCCCUGCAGCUCGUGA